GAUAAAAACUUGUUUUCUCGCGGGACCGCGGCUGGCAGACGCGCUCUCGGGCGGCCCUGGCCGGGGAAGAGGAAUCGCAUGUUUCGUUUCUGCUGGCGGUAGUGGUGGGAGCGGAGGCGGCGGGGGCUGUGCGACCGCCUGGGUUUGUGAGAUGGCUGCUGAUAUUUCUGAAUCCGGUGGGCAUGAUUGCAAAGGAGACUUGAAGAGUAAUAUCAAGUUAGAUGCGGAUUACCCACUUCGAGUCCUUUACUGUGGAGUCUGUUCAUUACCAACAGAGUACUGUGAAUAUAUGCCUGAUGUUGCUAAAUGUAGACAAUGGUUAGAGAAGAAUUUUCCAAAUGAGUUUGCAAAGCUUACUGUAGAAAAUUCACCCAGACAAGAAGCUGGAAUUAGUGAGGGUCAAGGAACCGCAGGGGAAGAAGAAGAGAAGAAAAAACAGAAGAGAGGUGGAAGGGGUCAAAUAAAACAAAAAAAGAAGACUGUACCACAAAAGGUUACAAUAGCCAAAAUUCCCAGAGCAAAGAAGAAAUACGUAACGAGAGUAUGUGGCCUUGCAACUUUUGAAAUUGAUCUUAAAGAAGCACAAAGAUUUUUUGCUCAGAGAUUCUCCUGUGGUGCCUCAGUAACAGGGGAGGAUGAGAUCAUCAUUCAGGGAGACUUUACAGAUGACAUCAUCGAUGUCAUUCAGGAAAAAUGGCCAGAGGUUGAUGAUGAUAGCAUUGAAGACCUUGGAGAAGUGAAGAAAUGACAUUGAAAAUUUGUCUGUAUUUAAUAAUCUGAACUGAGAGUUAAUAUGGCCAAAGGGAGAGAGAGGCCUUUUAAAAAUAUAUAUUUAUCCUACAGUAAAACUGUGGACUACCCUCGCCCUUGGCAUUUUCCCUGUUCUGUACAAGGCUGCUUGUUUUUUUUAUUGCCAAAGUCUAAUAAACAGGGGAGACUGUCAUGCUUAUGCAUGAGAUAGAAAUUAGUCAAAUAAAAAAUUUUGGUCAUUUGG